AUGUUUUCGUUGGUGUUUCUUUCGCUUUUAAGAAUAACGACGACAACGAACGCGGCGCUCGUUCGAGUGCAAAAGCCGCCAACACGAACGCAAACGAAUUGUAAACCAGCGUGUCCUUCCCUUUCCGUGCCUUCGGAGUGUGGGUAUGUCGGGACGGCGAAAGACUUGAUGAUGAUGACGACGACGACGACGACGACGAGUCCUCCUCCCAACGAAAAACGAAGAGUGCUCCUCGCGAGUGGGUCGUCGUUAAAGUCGUUAAAAUCGAGAAGACGGAGGAGCGGUAGUUUUACCGGUAAAAAGGGCGGUGGUGGUGGCGGCAAAUCUCGAGGACAAACGCAACCGUUUGCGCCUCCUUCGAACGAGUUCAUAGACGUGUUGAGAGCGAAUUUGCGAUAUUGGAGAGAACUCGGCGAGGAGAAACAACGCUGCGGUUUGUGGACGUUAGACUGCGUGAAAAACUACUGGCCGGAAGAUAAGAUACACAUGAACAUCACGAGGGAAAUCACGCAUCCAAGACAUCCAUUUUUACGGUUGUUUGUGGGGAACAAAGUGCCCGCGGAGGAGAAGUGGGCGAAUUUUUUUCCGGACGUGAAACCGCUCGGAUUCGGGAGUUGCGCCGUCGUCGCAGUAGGUUCGAACGUGUUGAAAUCCGAACGAGGGAAGGAGAUUGAUGCGCACGAUACCGUUAUUAGAUACAACAGUCCGAUGAAGAAGUAUGAAAAGAGCGUGGGUAAGAAAAGCGACGUUAUAUAUUGGAAAAUCCGAGGCGACGAGAAAGAAUACGGCCAAGAAGGACAAAAGGCGGCAAAGUUUUACAUGUUCAAAGACGAAACAAAACUACGCAUGGUGGCCUCCAAGAAAGACUUGAGCGAGAACACGUUCAAAGGCAAACCAAUUCUCUGGCCUUCGCCUCGAAGAAACGCGGUCUUUGAAGCCGCGUAUUAUCUUUACAAGAAAGAAAAUAAGAAAAUCUCCAGAGGCGCCGCGUCCGGCGGUUUCAAGUUAGCCGGCGAUAUCCUCGCGUCGGGUUUGUGCACGAGAGUCGAUUUGUACGGCUAUUCCAGCGAAGGCGCGGGAAAGUAUUUCAACCUGGGGAAAACCAUGAGCAGCAUCCAUCUCAUGGGGUUAGAGAACUUCAUCUACAGAGUCGCGCAAGAGCAAGAGAUGAUGUGCGUGUACGAUUAA